AUGAAACAAGCCAUUCUGCUUGCACCCUCCGAGCCUGACACCUUUGUCCAGGUUGGGGAUGGCCCUGUUCCGCAAAUCGAUGACAAUAAGAUCCUUGUCAAGGCAGUGGCAUACGCCGCCAACCCAUGCGACUGGAAGCACCGCGGGCCUGGAUGGGGCCACUACGGAGCCAUUGCCGGCACUGACGCCUCUGGCAUAGUUCUUGCUGUAGGCAGAAAUGUCACUGGUUUCGAAGAAGGCGACCAUGUGUCCACGUUCUUGCGUGGUAACCUCGACUUCAACAGAGGUGCGUGGGCUGAGUACGUUGUCGCAGACCCUGCCACCACCAUCAACUACAAAAAGACUCUAAGCGAAACCGCUCUUCCUAUGGGAACCAGCCCCUCUGGAAGUAUUGCCAGUUUCGAGGGGGCUGCGUCAGUCACCUUGAGCUUGGCCACAGUGGCGGUGUCAUUGUCCCACAGCAUCAAUAUUCCUUACAAUAAGCAGGAGAAUGCCUCCAGGUAUAUUUUGAUUUGGGGUGGUGCCACCAGUGCAAGUGUGCUUGCAAUUCAGGUGGCCAAGUUGGUUUAUGGUUUGAAGGUCAUCACCACUGCCUCCCAGCGUAAUCACGAAUUCUUGAGAUCGUUGGGCGCAGACGAAAUCUUUGACUAUAAUGACGCUGCAGUAGUAGAAGACAUAAAACGGACUGCUGCUGGAAAUAUUUCGUUUGCUCUCGACGCUGUGGCGACUCCACAGACAUUCCAACAACUCUACGACUCAUUGGAAGGCUCCCAGGAAGUGUGGGUCGACAAUUUGUCAUUCAUGGGCCCCGAGAGCAUCAACACCGAUUCGUCGAGAAAUAUCCAUUUUGGAAGAACAUGUGCCUAUUUCGGCGAUGGAAACGCUCAGACUUUGGCUGGCCACUUAGUUCCUGUCUUUGGGGGCUUGACUGAAAGCUACAACCAAUUCUGGACGACAAAGUUGCCUGAGAUUGUCUCUCAGUUGAAAACUUCCAACUUGCUUGUGUUGGAGCCUGGCUUGGAGUCUGCCAAUCAAGCGUUGCAUUUGUUGAGCACAAACAAGGUUAGUGCACAGAAAAUCGUCUGGAGAGGCAACAGUGCAUAG